GUAAACAAUAAUCACGUUACAACCCGGAAGUGUUGCAUUUCUCUGAUAAACGUUUGAAUAGACAAGAUAGACCAAUUUCUCAUAACAAGAGACCGUAAAACGCGAUGCUGCUAACAUCAAAAAUCUUAUGAUAUUCAUAUUUGUGUAUUACUACUCGGCGCUGGAGGCAGAGGCGACCGAAUGUGAGCAGCAACGCCCUGAUGCCAGGCUCCCAGUCGGAGAAAAAUAAGCUCGCUGUGUUUACAACUCGGUGGAGAGAGAGCGGGGCUAUUUCCCCGCAGUGUGUCGUUAGCUAAUCGUGCGGCUGCGAGUGUUUUACAGGCGAAGAAAAAAAAACAUGGCUGAACUGCAUGUCGUGGAACCGAGCGGUACUGGCACCAUAGAGCAGCCCGAGUCACACCGCGAUGUCCGCGGCACCGUGCGCCUGGCUUCGCCCACUCUCAUGGUUCCUCCGCGGAACAGCCAGCUCAGUCCGGGCGCGGUGUCGAGUAGUGCCAGCGGUGGUGGAGGACGCUCGGUGUUCGGGUUCCCGGUGAAGAACAACCUCGGCUCGCCGUCCGAGUCGGGAGACAAACCCGGUUCACGCUGGGUCCGACUCAACGUCGGUGGAACAUACUUCAUCACGACCAAACAGACGUUGUGCAGGGACCCGAAAUCCUUCCUGUUCAGACUAUGUCAAGAAGACCCAGACCUGGACUCUGACAAAGAUGAAACUGGAGCAUACCUGAUUGAUAGGGAUCCCACAUACUUUGGCCCCAUCCUGAAUUACCUACGACACGGAAAACUAAUUAUGGAUAAAAAUCUGGCUGAGGAAGGAGUCCUUGAAGAAGCAGAGUUCUACAACAUCGCGUCACUGGUGAGGCUGGUCAAAGAGAGGAUACGGGACAAUGAGAACCGGACAUCUCAGGGCCCUGUGAAGCAUGUGUAUCGUGUACUGCAGUGCCAAGAGGAGGAACUCACACAGAUGGUCUCAACUAUGUCUGACGGUUGGAAGUUCGAGCAGCUUAUAAGCAUUGGCUCCUCAUAUAACUAUGGCAACGAAGACCAAGCGGAAUUUUUAUGUGUAGUUUCCCGGGAACUCAACAACUCCACCAACGGCAUUGUCAUCGAGCCCACUGAGAAGGCUAAGAUCCUCCAGGAGCGAGGCUCACGGAUGUGAAGAGUGAAUAACAUUUUAUCAACAAAAGAAAAGAAAACAACAGCGUGAACAUAUUCUCCAUGAGUUUACCCCCUCUCCUUUACUUCUGUGCCAUCACUAAAACCUUCUCCAUUAUCAUCCUCCCCUCCUCUGGUGUGCCUUUCCUCAGUGGGGGCUCCCCAACGCCAGCCCUCUCUACCCAUGCACUGAAACAUGGCCCUAACUCACCUUUUCAUUUCCUCCCCUCUCUCACAGCAUUAGGAGCAGUUUAAAAGAAGUAACACGAGUGGUUGUCCUCAUAGCAGCAUUUUGAUGGUCGGUGUUGCAGCAUUGCAGGCUACAGUGCUGAUUGUAGCCUUGUGUUGUUGCGAGUGGAUUGGACGCCCAGCACAGAGCUGCUGUACAUCAUCCUCACCAUCAACAUUUCUAUCAUCCUAACUCACUCUCUCUCACACGUGUGGCUCUGUGGACUGCGCAGAAACCUCCUCAGGACUCUCACUGGACAUAAAGGAAUGAACCGAGCCUCCCUCUCUUUACAUGAAUCUGUUAAUGGAGCGAACAUCAGUGCCCACUGUCUCUAUCUCUGCCCACAGUCUCCUUAGCUGAUGUCUGAGGCAACUCACGGCACAACAAACUGAGCCAGGGGGUCCAGAGGUGGAGGGUAACACCAAGCAGUUGCAGGCAGUAUGACGCAGAGUCCAAUUGCUCUGUUUAAGCCAGUGUGGUGUGGCAUUUCCUCUACUCCUGUGAGUCUUUUCAGAGACGGCUUAAACAAGUGAUCGAUUUUCAACUAACUGAAACCCUGCUUUGUUUUGGCGCGGCAGUGGCGCUGCUGGAGAAUCUUGGCACUCGGCUCCUCCUGUUUGCUGUCUUCUGGCUCAAUUUGGUUUGCUCCCACAGGGAGAAAAUUUUGGAUAUUUAAGUGCAAAACAAAACCAAGACUCAACAAGACUAUCUAUGUACAAUUUGUCAAGGCAUGUGAGGAAUCUAUAUAACUAUAUAGGCUACAUGAUGAAAUUAUAUGAUAAUUUGAAUGCAAAUGAUGUACUUAUUGAUUUCUGUAUCAUAGUUGUUAUAUAUUUACAUAUACCGACGGUUGAGUUUAUUUAAAAGAUGGAGAAAAUAUCAGUUUCCGUAAGGUUUCCCACCUGCCGACAUGGGUGUGAGUAUGCGUAUGCAGUGCCUCUCUGCUUUCUGACUGAAAUAUCACACAUUUUUUCAGCUGCACGUUUUCUGUAGUGCUCCUCAAAGAAAGGUGUUACCAAGUUUUCUCGUAAUGCUCCGACUUUAAUCUCAUGCAUAUCUUAAAAUUGUAAUUGGAGACAAAGCAAAGUACUUGGUGGCAUUGCCAUUCGUCCACACAAGUGUGUCGACGCGGGGGAUUGGACUGUCUGUAUGCUGCCUCAAAAACCCUGAAGCACCCUUCUCUCCCUGGCCUUGUGCUUUUCUCAUGCUCAUAUCCAGUCACUUUGCCGCUGCUUCUGUUGCCACUCCUCAACUCACACCCCAAUGACUGUGUUACCUUACAUUGUGCAGCACUUGUAGCAGCUCUGGCACAAACAUGAAUCGUGCUCCUCAUGCUUCAAACCCCAAGACACCAGCACAGAGUCACAGACAUUAUCACAAAAUGUUCCUUAGUAUCGCCGAGCCUGCCGCGUGCGGUGUCUGCAGCUAUGUGAGCUUCUGGGAGGAGCCUUUAUUUCAGAUGUCUCUGUAGACGCAUUCAUCCAGGUAUCCGUUAUCCAAAACAACUGGACUGGAUUUCAUUCAAGAGGCCUCUUCAGUUUUGAAAGUUUGAGGUGAAACCCAGGAAGUUUGACUUUUUGUGAAAGGUGGGCAGUGCUCACUGUAACUCCAUUGUGCUUUAACACCCUGGAGCAGCCCAACAACUGUCAUUAUUUCACAUGUUGUAUGACAUGUUUUCAGUGCCAGCAGAUGGGCACUGACUUGGCUCAACAGUUGUGUGUUUCUCUUUAAAAAAAAAAAAAAAAAGGCUUGACAUUAAGUUGCUAUGUGAUAGUCCUCUUUUAAAGACAUGUGACAACAUUGGAGCUACAUUGCAAAUGCAGUAUAGUAGCCUGGAUUAGCUGCAUUCAGCUGCCCACAAUCUGAAUUUGUAAAAAGUAUUUUAUUUGAUAAUUGCAUUUAUCAAUCAAUAUUUAGGCAUCUCCUUGUUUACUUAUUCAAUCAGACGAUAAACUAAAUAAUCAUAUUUUGCAGCAUUUAGAAUUUAAACUUAAACAUAGUUUAGUUUAUAGAGCGUCAUAAGAUCUUAUCUUCUAUAUUUUCAAACCUAUAAAGAAGCAAAUUAUUCUAUUUAAAAAGCUGCAAACUGAAUUUUUGUGGCAUUUGAUUAAAAUAAGUAGUACCAAUAAAUGUAUGUAAGUGUAAUGUUACUGGUGUGAGUGCAGCCCUGUUACAUGAGCAACUUAAUGCAACAUUUGAGCCAUGUUUACACAUCACAGGAGGAAAAUCAAAACAUCUCACAAAACUGGCUCUGAUUUGAAUCGCUGCACCUUUUAAGCUUAAGGGGUAUAGAGCCUUUAUGUGAGUGACACCUGUCACUGACAUCGAUCACUUUGCUCCACUGCCCUUUGUAUAAAUAUUUGAUGCAGUUAUGUUAAGCAUGAAAAAGAAUGCAUAUACUGGGGGAAAAUGUACCUUUGCUGUCGUGAAGCUCCUAGACUGUUCAGUCAGGCCUCAAAGCUCAAACGUUGAUGUAAAUUCUUUGCUCCUUUUUUCUAUUAUUAUUAUUGUUGUUAUUAUUUGUUUGUUUUAUUUUUCCUGUUACAUGUGUGCCGUGCAGUUGUAUUCUUCUCCAGUCAGAGUCGUGUACUGCUGAAAAUGCCCAAAUCUAUCAGUGAGGAACA